UUUUUUUUGUUUCAUUUCCACUGUGUUGCAGAAUAACAAGGCGAUACAACUCGCAGUCUUUCCUUCCCAAAUGGCUCAGAGCGACCCAAACGCGCUCCUCUUCUUCCAGCAACUGCUGCCAGAUCGCAGCGCGUCCGACCUCGAAGCGCUCCUGGCAGCCCACAAUGGCGAUGUGGACGCCGCGCUCGACCACGCGCUGAGUGAAGCCCUGAUUGCCAGCACGGCGAACGACGAGGACGACGAGACCCAGGCUGCGGCAGCGGUCAUGGCGCUUGACGUAACGCCUGAGACUGCACCCGUCAGCCAACGAGACCAAGACCCAGUCACAGGCACACUGGUAGGAGAUCCAGGAGUGCCCGAGUCAACCAGCAGCCGGAGGAUAUUCGCGAUGGAUGCGUUCGCGGUCGAGGACGCGCGUGGCGGGCGAAGAGGCCAUGUACGCGAUCAAACUCAGUUUGACAGCGAUCUGAUUGUCCUGUCCGACGUGUUUCCGAGCUUCCCGCUGGACGUGCUUGCCCAGAUGCUCACUGGGAUGCCAUCGGCGGAGCAUGUCAUUGAGUGCCUGAUUGCCGAGAGCGACAGCUCGUCGAGCGACGAGGAGCACAAGUUCGCCACUGAUGCUGGUGAAUGUGAGAAUGACGAUGAUGGUGAUGAUGAUGCCUAUGGUGCCGCAGAUCAAGCAGCACCUCAAGUUCUCCAGAAUCAUCCCUCCAGGCAUGGAGGAGCUGGACAAGAGCGCCGUCGCGGGCCGCGCGAGUCUGCUUCGACAAUGCAAACACCGUUUGUAAGCGCUUGGGCUCCGCGAUCCGUCCGCAUGGCCAACAGCACAACCCUUCCACCUGCUCGGGAGGAGGCAUUGGGCCAAGCGUCAAGGCAAGCCAGCGCAGUGCAACCUGCUGCCAUUGCAGGGGCUCCAAAGCCGAUUGACAUGUCCGAUUCCUGCGACACGAGUCGAACCCUGCAUAGCGCAGCCUCGGUUCUCAAGCGGUCACAACUGCGAGAUGAUUUUCCUGAGGCGUCGUCGGAUACCGUGGAUGCAGUGUUUGUCCAGUGCGGGUAUGACUUUGGUGCCUCCAGCGCGCGAUUGAGUGAGAUGUUUCCGCAAGCUGCCAAACGAAAACCGUCAUAUCCCGCCGCUGUUCGGGCUGGCGGCCAAAGCGUUCCUUCCGGCUUGACUAGAGGCGUAGCAUCGUCACCCUCGGUCCCCACUCACACAGCAGCCUGGGUUGGCACCUCCUUCCCCUCGAGCAGCGCUAGCCCAGCAACACACCACACCAUCGCAGUGCACGAGGAUGCACGCGCGCACUACUUGCAACGAGCUGCAGCCGCCCAUGCCAAUGCUACUAGUAGGAACGGAGGCGCGUCUGUGGCUGGACACUACUCACAGCAAGCACAUCAUCACACGCAGGAGCUGAAGCGCGCCGCACAACAAGCCGCUGUGGAAAUGGCGCGCGCCUCGAUUCGCUCCUCUACAGCCCCAUCGAUUGAUCUACACGGCUACGGGGUCGCGGAUGCGGUCGCUGCUGUGCAGGCAGUGCUCAACGAGCUGCAUCAGCGCGCCAAACAAGAUGACUCGUUCAUGAGCCACCGUGGUGGUAGGUCUGGCGGCAACCGCAACAACAGCGGCGACGCUGGAACUUUACGCAUUAUCACGGGCCGAGGGGCGCAUAGCGUCGCAGGAAAGGCCAAAUUGCGUCCAGCCGUGCGCGUGCUGAUUGAUUCACUCCGAUUCCCUUACUCUGAACCACAGACGGGCGUCUUUUGGGUGGAUUAUACGCGCAAGAUUCGUUAGCGACUUUUUUUCAUUUUGUGUUUUUCGUUUUGUUAUGAUUCCUCCUCCUCCUCCUCCUCCUCGAGCCCGGCUUGCACUGUUAGACUGAUUAAACAACCUUCAGAGAA